GGCUUUCUUACGUUUUUCUUUCCCUUCUGCUUCAUAUUCUCCUGCUUCUUAUUGUCCUCCAGCCCUUCCUCAAGAUUCUCGUACUUUCUCGUAAUUUUUCAGUUUCUUGAAUUACACGUUUCACUUCAUAUAUCUUCACAUAACUAUAUUGCCAAACGAGUAGCGUUCUUCCAGAAUGUCUCUUAAACCACUCACUAUAUACUAUGCUGGCCCCGGUCCCAACCCGCCCAAGGUCGGUAUCAUCCUUGAGGAGCUUUCAAUCCCCUACGAAAUCAAAAUGAUGGGAUAUGGAGAUCUCAAGCAGAAACCUUUCACAGAUCUCAAUCCCAAUGGUCGCGCACCUGUUCUUCAAGAUCCUAACACUGGCUACAAAAUAUGGGAAACAGGUGCGAUCAUCGAAUACUUGAUUGAUCAGUACGACACCGAUCAAAAGCUCAGCUAUGCAUCCGGUCUGCAGAAGUAUGAGCUCAAGCAAUGGCUGUUCUUCCAGGCGUCCGGACAAGGUCCAUAUUGGGGCCAAGCUGCUUGGUUCAAUCUUUUUCACGCGGAAAAACUCCCAAGCGCCCAAAAGCGAUAUGUGGAUGAGAUUCAUCGUGUGGUCGGGGUGCUAGAUGGGGUUUUGGGACAAUCGGAGGAUGGUUGGCUUGUGGGGAACAAGGUCACAUAUGCGGAUCUUGCCUUUGUAACCUGGCACACGGCCCUUGCUGGAAUAUUUUCACCCCCAGAGUUCAAGGACCAAUGGGACAUCACUAAGUAUGCACACUACAAGAAAUGGGUGGAGAAGAUGUUGGACCGUCCAGCUGUGAAAAAGGUCUUAGAGGAACAGCAGAGGCUUGUGGCCGAAUCAUCCUAGGCGAUUCAACUCAACAGCAUUAAGAAAGCUUCCCCAGCAGGAUUUCGUCGGGAACAAUUUUCAGGCCCAAUGGCUUAACACAAGUAAUACUUACAUGUUAAUAAACCAAAUUAUACCGAUUAUUCUCAAUUUUCCUCCA